AUGAAGUCCCAGGCAACCAUGAUUUACUGUUUAAUGUUAUAUCUGGCCACAGAAUGUUCCCAUUAUAAAUCCAAGAUUUACAUAAAAGCUGGAAAUAAACUUCAAAGUUCUGAAGGGAAACCCAAGCCUGGAAAGAUGCAAGAAAAAUGCCAUGGACCUUGCAUCUCUUCUUCCAUCUGCAGCCAACCCUGUGCUAAGCAGUUUUAUGGAGAAAUAGGAUUUUCAUGUAAUAAAAAAAAGUGGCAAAAAUCAACUGAAACAUGUACCAGCCUUUCUGUGGAAACACUCUUUAAGGAUCCAAAUAGCGAAGCUCGCCUUUCGGUAGCAGCAGCAUCGAUACCUCUGCGCGUUCUCGACUUUCGAGCUCCAGAGCGCAUUGAGAGUGUAGCCCAAGGAAUCCGCCAACACUGCCCUGUCGAUUACGCCUGCAUAGUGGAUGUUGUGAAAGCGUCAGAAGCCACGUCUGGAAAUAUCGCAUUUAUAGUGGAGUUAUUAAAAAAUAUUUCUAUAGACUUGUCUGAUAAUGUUACCCGGGAAAAAAUGAAGAGCUACAGUUCCGUGGCCAACCAUAUCCUCGACCCAGCAGCCCUCGCAAACUGGGCUUUCAUUCCGGACGAAAGCGCCAGCUCCGAUUUGUUGCAGGCAGUGAAUUUGUUUGCCAGGCAGCUCCACAUUCACAAUGAAUUUGAGAACAUUGCGGACGAGCGCUUCAUCCAGACAAAAGGGUUCCACAUCCACCAAAAUACCUCGCAGGGAAGUUUCAAUUUCUCUGUGAGCAUGAGCAAUGCGACAGAAGGUAUCUUAGGAAUGGUAGAAAUUCCCAGGCAAGAGCUGUGGAAACUGAGGCCGAACGCCUCUCAAGCCAUUAGCAUAGCUUUCCCAACCCUGGGGGCCAUUCUGAAGGAGGCCCCCUUGCAAAACGUGAGUCUUCACAGACCCAUAAAUGGUCUGGUCCUAUCACUGGCUUUACCAGAAAGAGUGAACGAAAUCUUACUCACCUUUGAAAGGAUCAAUCGAUCCCACAGUGCCAGGGCCCAGUGCGCCGGCUGGCACUCGGGGAAAAGGAGGUGGGAUAAGGAAGCGUGUACAACAGUGCUGGGCAGUAAGAACAAGGUGAAAUGCCGCUGCAACUACACCAACGUGGUGACGUCUUUUUCCAUUCUCAUGUCCCCCAAAUCUGUGACGGACAAAAUCCUGGAGUAUAUCACCUGCAUUGGCCUCAGCGUCUCCAUCCUCAGCUUGGUCCUUUGCCUGUUCAUUGAAGCCACAGUGUGGUCCCGGGUGGUGGUGACGGAGAUCGCGUACAUGCGUCACGUAUGCAUCGUGAACAUAGCUGUGUCGCUCCUGACCGCCAACGUGUGCUUCAUCCUCGGCUCUAACUUUAACGUCAGGGCCCAGGACCACAAGUGGUGUGUCGCGGUGACGUUCUUUUGCCACUUCUUUUACCUCUGUCUGUUUUUCUGGAUGCUCUUCAAAGCUCUGCUCAUCACGUACGGAAUACUGGUCGUUUUCCGUAGGAUGCUGAAGUCCCGAAUGAUGGUCCUUGGCUUUGCCACUGGCUAUGGGUGUCCGCUGGUCAUUGCUGUCAUCACGGUUGCUAUCACAGAGCCCAAGAAAGGCUACCUGAGACCCGAGGCCUGUUGGCUCAACUGGGACAACACCAAGGCCCUGUUGGCGUUUGCGGCCCCAGCCUUGGUCAUCGUGGCUGUGAAUCUGGUGGUGGUUCUGAUUGUUGCUGUCAACACCCAGAGGCCUUCCAUUGGCAGUUCCAAGUCUCAAGAUGUGGCCAUUGUCAUGAGGAUCAGCAAAAAUAUUGCCAUUCUCACCCCGCUGCUGGGACUGACCUGGGGGUUUGGAAUCGCCACUCUCAUCGAAGGCACAUCCUUGAUGUUCCAUAUCAUCUUUGCCCUGCUCAACGCUUUCCAGGGUUUUUUCAUCUUGCUGUUUGGAACCAUUUCAGAUCACAAGAUAAGAGAUGCUUUAAAGAUGAAGAUGGCUUCGCUAAAGGGGAAAUCGAGGGCAGCAGAGAAUGCAUCAUUAAGCCCACCCAAUGGAUCUUAAUUCAUGAAUCGUUGAGGAUGAAUUGCUGCCCAAUCCUCAUGGACGUCCUUGGACUGAGAGGG